UUUACCUGUCCGGCCAUGUGGGGCAGCCAGCCUUGCAACCCCAAGCCCCCAUCUCGAGGACGGCGGCCAAUCACACGCCAAGUGCCCUGCUGCGCGAGAAAGACCUUGGGCACCUGCACAAAAGCUCGAAGGAGAGCAUGAAAGACCCCCCUGGCAAGGAGCGGGCGUGUAGGAGCGACCUCUCCUUGCCCUUCUCCAAGAAGGACAGCAAGCAGAAAGAGGAGCCCCGGCCACGCAGCGUGGUGGAUCUCACCCAGGACACCAAGCCCGACAGCGAGCGGAAAGUGGCUGGCUUGGUGAAGGCAGGGGAGCGCCUGUCCCCUUUUCUCAUGGAGCACAUGCCAAAUCGGGGGGCUGGCAAUGGAGAACCAAAGUCCAAGAACCCGCUGCAGACCUCUUCCCUCAGUAACUGCAAUGGUGGUGGGGACCCCAUGCUGAAAGUGCUGGGGGUUGAGCAGGACCGGUGUGCCAAGGACCCCAGCCGGCACGACGAGAACAUGAGGCCUUCUGCUCACGCCCACCCCGACAGGCUGAAAAGGGGUGACUCCAUCCUGACUUCGGUUGGUGCUUUGCACAUUUCCUGCAGUUGCCCCUCCCCACACGCAGCUCCCCCGGGGAAGAUGGCGCCGUCCUCGACAUUCCCUCCGCAGCCUGUCCAUUCCAACAUGUACACCAUCUUCCCCCCGGCCAAAGAGCCCGGGAGGGAACACAAAGUCAUUGCCCCCACCUUCGUGCCUUCGGUCGAGGCCUACGAUGAGAGGAACGGGCCCAUCCAGAUCGCCUCCCAGGCCCGGGACAACAAAGCGAAGGACAAGGACAUGGGCAAGGUGGGCGUGUUGCAGUCGCCGACAGAGCGGUGUCUUGCUGACACCACCCGCACCCUCUUGUCCCAGGACUUCUCUUGCCACAGCGACGCCAAAAGGAUGGAGGCCUUGCGGGAGAAGGGGUCAGUGAUCAGGGCCAACUCUAUGGCGCUGAAGAGGCAGGUGGCUUCAGAGCCUUUCCUGAACCGGCCUGGCCUGGGGUCUCCGGAGAGCAGGGAGUUCCUGGCGGCCAAGGACUUGAUGAAGCCGAGUCCGGACGUGGAACACCGUGCCUGCGAUCGAGACCGCUUCCCCCGCGCUGGCUCCAAAGAGUCAGCAAAGGUCUACGGCACUUUGGACUCCUCCAGGCAGCACCUGGACCACGGCCAGUUGAAGCCUCCUGAGCAAAAGUGGAAGCCCUUUGAAAUGGGCAACUUCGCCACCACCCAGAUGGCAGUGCUAGCCGCCCAGCACAACCACGUCAACCGGGUGGAGGAGGAAGCCAAGAAGGUGUACCUUGACCCCAGUGGCCUGCAGAGGUCCUCGGUGGUAGGGUCCCGGGGCUCUGCAGACAUCCUCCACCCCACCUCCCAUGGCGAAGGGUCUGCCAUGCAGAGCCUUAUCAAGUACAGCGGCAGCUUUGCCAAGGAGAACGCGGCCCGGCAAAGCUGUGGCAAGAAGAGCCCGUUUGGUGGGCUCGGUAACAUGAAGCCAGACUCUUCUCAGCUGGGAGCCUCCAAGGGGCAGCAGCUGCUGUCCCAGCCUAUGGGGAAGCAGCUGAAGAGAGACCCGGAGAGGCCAGAGAGUGCCAAGUCCUUUGGCCGCGAGAGCAUCGGCUCCCAGGGCGAGGUGGAGGUGAGGCACCUGCCUGUCGGCAUCGCGGUGGCAGUGGCCCGGCAGAAGGACAACAGCAGCAGCAAGCUGGGGCCCAGCCUGGCGGACCGGGAUCGCUCCCUUUCCCUGAGCAGCAUCAAAGGGCACGGCCGCUCGGACGAUGACUGUGGGGAUGACCGGGGCCGCCACCGGGACAGCCACCUCCUGGCAGGGCGUUUGGAGCGAGAUCAAGAGAAGCUGCUGAGAGAAAGCAAGGAGCUGGCAGACUUUGCUCGGAUACACCCCUCUGGCUGUGCCACCAACGGUUUGAACUCCAACCUCAUGGUGACAGGGGGGCCAACGCUGGCCGGCUCAGGGCGCUGGUCUGCUGACCCUGCUUCUCACUUGGCAGCUCACCCCUGGCUCCCCAGGACAGGUAGCCCUUCCAUGUGGCUAGCUGGCCACCCCUACGGACUUGGACACCCUUCCUUGCACCAAGGCAUGACUCCAGGCUUCCCCCCUGCCAUGGGCGGCGCUCUCCCUUCUGCCUACCAGUUUGUCAGAGAUCCUCAGUCUGGGCAGCUAGUUGUGAUCCCCAGUGAGCACUUGCCACACUUUGCUGAGCUGAUGGAGCGCACCCCCCCUCUCUGGCCAGCGAUGUACCCUCCAACCAGAAGCUCCCUCCAGCACGCGCACCAGCUCCAGCUGCUGUCUCACCAGCAGCUGCUUCGACAGCACGAGCUAUACAUCCUGCAGCAGCAAGCCGCGCAUGCCAUGGAGCUCCAGAGGAGCGCACAGCUGGUGGAGAGGUUAAAAGCCAAUGAGCAUCGAGUGGACAUGGAAGAGAAGAUUAGCAAACGUAGCCUGGACAAUGCCAAGUCAGGCCUGUCCUCCUCCACAUCAGGGCUGCUGCACCGGAAGCCACCCGUCCUGUCUCCGAGCACCUCCACGUCCUACAGCAAGGCUGUGAGUCCACCCCCCCUGUCUCCCAGAGCCUCGCCCGUGUCUGUGCUCAAAGCUGAGGUGAUCCAAAAGAUGGAGGCGCCACCUACACAGCCAGCCUACUCCUAUCCUGCCACCCCCAGCUCCCAUCCUUCUAGCCCUGCCCCUGCCUCUCCACCCCCUGCCCCUACCAUCCCUCCAAAAGAAGAGACACCUGAGAAUGUGGAGAAGAAAGACUUGGAACUGGAGAAAGAGGCCACCAGUCCAUUCCAGGCCUUGUUCCCAGAGAUCCCACCAGGGUAUCCAUUCCAGUCCCUUCCCGCCUCCUUCGGACGCCAUUAUCCUUACCUCCUCCAGCCCACGGCAGCUUCUGAUGCGGAUGGCCUGGCUCCUGACGUCCCCCUGCCCGCGGAGGGCUCUGAGCACAUGGAGCUUUCUCCAGAGGUCAAGCCCAUACACCUGUCCCCGUCCAAAAUGCUGGAGCCCAUUCAGGCCACGGUGGAAGAAGAGGCCUUGGAAGAGAGGGUGAAGUCGGAAGUGGAGAUGGACGAAAGCCAGGAAGGGAUUUGCGAGCAGGACAUGGAGGCUCUGAACAUGGCCACCUCCGCUGCCGUCCCUGUGCAGAACAUGGACAGCUGCAAUCUCUUGUUGCGCCAAGGGGAAGCCUUGAGCACUAUGGAGCAGGAGCAAGAGGCCCUCCAGAGCUGUCAGCAAGCCUACCAGGUCGUGGCCUGCCCUGCAGAAGCAGAGGCCCAGACUGAGGCAGGCACCGGUCCAGAGACCUGCUCAGUGCAUAUGGAGUAUGAGAGCUCACUGAUGCACGCAGAGAGCAAGCAGCCAGAGAUGGAUGUGAAGCCCGAAGGGGAGGAGCCUUCCCUGGCCAUGGACCUGCAGGGCAGUCACUUGCCUCAAGGGCGGGAGUUUUCCAGCUUGCCUUCAGCUGAGGGGGAGCAGGGGUCAGAGAUUCCCCCGUACGCGGAUGAGGCCAUGUCCUGCCAAAUCCCAGCUCUGGACAUCAAGCCUGAUGACCCACUGGCUGGCAUGAAUGCUUUAGUAGCUGCUACAGAGAUGCCUCAGGCUUGCUCCUUGCUGACCACCAGCGUCAUAACCCACUCCCAAAUGACCAUGGAGGCAUCCCCCGACCAGUCGCUGGAGCACUCCUUCCUGCAGGGGAUCACCCUGCUGAGUGAAAUCGCAGAGAUGGAACUGGAGAAGAGGAAACAAGAAAUGCAGACAGAUCCAGAGAACUGUCCCAUCCGCCCCACCCUGGAGAGUUUGCUGGCGGCCAGCACCCACAUGCUGAUGGAGGUGCUUUCCACCCCGUUCAUGGACAGUCUGAAAACCAUCCGGCUGCCUCGAGAGCUGAAUCCCAACAAGAAGUACAGCUGGAUGCAGAAGAAGGAUGAACCUAUGUUCUCCAUCAAGUCCGCCAUCGAGAACAUGGAUGCCAUGGAGCUGGACUACAGGAUGCGGCUGGCUGAGGUGCAGCGGCGGUACAAGGAAAAGCAGAGGGAGCUGGUGAAAUUGCAACGGCGCAGGGACUCCGAACUGAGCAAGUCCUUACUGCUGUCCGAGGACUCCGAGACUGGCGAGGGGAUGAAGAAGAGGCACAAAGGGGCCCUCCCUGAGGAGGACGAGGAUGCAGAGAGCGGCGGUGGGAAGGUGAAAGGGAGGAACCAGAGUUGGGAGGAGCACGAGGCAGUGUCCAGCUUUUCCAAUGAGCUAAAGAUCAAGAAGAAGAAGGUGGCGUCAGAUCAGGAGCAGCUGGCGAACAAGCUGGACAAAGCCCUGUCACUCACCAAACAGGACAAGCUCAAAUCCCCCUUCAAGUUUGCAGACGGCUCUGGGGGGAAACAGAAGACCGGCGGAGGCAGUGUCAGCCGAUACCUGUCGCCCCACGAGCCCCUGUUGAGCAAGGAGGAGAAGAAGAGCAUGGCUAAGAGCCUCAGCUUGUCGCUGAAAACCUCCAAAGAAGGUAAAAAUAAAAUGGCUGCCAAAAUGAAGAAGAUGGAGGUGGGGUUAAAAGUCAAAAGUCAGCUGAAAGUUUCCCAUUCACCAGCAAUAUCUGAAGUUAGCAGCUACUCCUAUAAUACGGACUCGGAGGAAGAUGACGAAUCCCUGAAGGACGAGUGGCCUUCUCAGUCUCCCUCCAGCUCCAAAAUGAGACCCCCAAAUCUCUACAGCGUAGUGGCCAAAAAAAGCAGCAAGCCAGCCGGGGGCCUCAAGCCAGCCAAGAGGGGCAUGGCUGCCACUAGGACUCUCAAAUCUAAACCGGCCGCAAGCAGGAAGCAGCAGUUUUGCUUGCUGCUGCGGGAGGCCGAGGCUGGAUCUUCGUUCAGUGACUCUUCGGAGGACUCGUUCGAUCAAGAUUCUAGCUCGGAGGAGGAGGAAGAGGAGGAUGAAGAGGAAGAGGAGGAAGCAGAGGACUAUGGGCUGGACGGCAACAACAGGCUUUCGUCCCCAGCCCUGGACGAGAGUGGUUUGGGACUGCUAGCAAGGUUUGCUGCCAGCGCGAUGCCGAGCCCCAUUGUUCCCCCUCCACUUUCCAUUGUCCAGCUGGAGGCCAAGCAGAAGGCGAAGAAGAAGGAAGAACGGCAGAGCCUGAUGGGGACGGAGUUUGAAUACACCGACUCGGAGAGUGAGAUUAAGAUCCGGAAGAAGUCUCCCUCAGGGCUGCUGCGUGGCAAGAAGGGGCUGAUGGACCAGGGCAGCGCCGCACCCAGCCAGACGGCCAGCAUCCUGGACCCCAGCUCUGGGAGCAGUGACAAGGUCAAGGUCGGGGUGGAGAAAGGGCGGAAGCUGAAGAAGUUCAAGUCGCCCAAGGACCUGAGCUUCGAGUUCGGGCUGGAGGUGAGCGAUGAUGACCUGUGGAACCGGCGCCGGAGCGAGCGCAUCUUCCUCCACGAUGCCAGCGCCUCAUCCUCGGUGCUGACGCCAGCCACUCCAGCCAGCUCCACCCCUGUCUCCAAGCCUGCCCGCUGUGGGAAGGGGGCGCCUUUGAGUCCCAAGAAGGACGGGAGCAAAGGGAAGGAAAGGAAAGAACUGAACAAGCAGAGGAAGAAGGGUAAAGACGGCCCGUGCUGCUCCUCCUCCUCUUCCAUGUCUCCCCCUGGCAUCCCCAGCUCCCCUUCCGACGUCCGGGUCAGCCUGGCCAACUCCCUGAGCUCCAACAAGAAGAGUAAAGCCAAGGUGAAAGCAAAGGAGGUGAAGAAAGAGAACCGAGGGAAGGGAGGAGCCGUCAGCAAGCUGAUGGAGAGCAUGGCUGCGGAAGAGGAUUUCGAGCCCAAUCAAGACAGCAGCUUCUCCGAGGACGAGAAUCUCCCCCUGAGCAUGCUCGUGGAGCGGCCGCCUACCCCGGCUCCCCGCUCCUGUAUAAUCGACAAAGAUGAACUGAAAGACGGGCUGAGGGUCCUCAUUCCCAUGGAUGACAAGCUGCUCUAUGCCGGGCACGUGAAGACUGUGCACUCGCCUGACAUAUACCGUGUGGUGGUGGAAGGGGAAAGAGGAAACCGUCCCCACAUCUAUUGUUUGGAGCAGCUUCUGCAGGAGGCAAUCAUUGACGUGAAGCCCCCAUCUGUGCGAUUCCUCCCCGAAGGAACAAGGAUUGCAGCCUACUGGAGCCAGCAGUACCGCUGCCUCUACCCGGGGACAGUCGUCAGAGGGGCCCUUGAUCUGGAGGAAGAUGGAGACCUGAUAACGGUGGAGUUUGAUGACGGGGACACUGGACGUAUCCCCCUGUCCCACAUUCGACUCCUCCCACCUGACUACAAGAUCCAGUGUGCAGAGCCCUCCCCAGCCCUCCUGGUGCCCAGCACCAAGCGCCGCAGCCGUAAGUCCAGCAAGGAUGCUGGGGAAGGGAAGGAGAGCGCUGCCCUGGGGUCAGAGGAGCCUGCGGCAAAGGGCAAAGGGCGUGGGAGGAAGCCGAAUGUCAAGCCGAAAGCUGAUGUGGCCGCCCUGCCGGAAGAGGCCAGCCUGACAGAGUCUGCCUCCAGCGCUGCUUCUGCUCCCGAGAAGACAAUCUGCCUCAGCAAGCAGACCGCGAAGGGGGCACGGAAGAGCCAACAGCUCCCGGCGGGAGGCUCCCCGGUGCCCUCUGAGGAGAAGCGAAACAAAGGCAGCAAAAUGAAAAUCUCCGCUAAGCUGCACGGCCCAGCCCAGCCUUCCUUCCAGCCACCUGUUUUUGGUGGCGUCAUCAGCCCGGAGCCCUACAGCGAGCUGCCCGGGCCGCUGGGGACCUUCAGCCCUGCAGACACCCCCUCUGGAAAGGCCAAAGGCAAAAAGGGCCGGUCGGCCGAGGAGGGGCAGGAGUUUAGCUCCACAGCCAAGGCUCAGAGGAAGCAGCCAGACAGCGAGAUCCUCAUCAAGCUGGACCAUGAGGGCGUGAUGUCUCCUAAGACCAAGAAGAUGAAGGAAGCCAUGAGGAUGCUGGAGGACUCGGGCCUGGCGAGCCGGAGGGAUGGCAAGGGCGUGCUGAGCUUGGGCUACCCCUCGGCCAUGAGUGGUGAUGCCAAGCAGAAGUCCUCCCGCACCAAGGUGGCAGAGGGGGAGCCUUCGGCAGGCAACUUUGGGGGCUCUGGGGAAAGCCUGGCUGCCUCGAAGGAUCAGGAAGACAAAGCCUCGCCUGCCGGGGCCAGGGAGGAGUCGGAAAGCAACAGCAGCGACAGUAGCUCAGAGUCGGAGGGUGAAGAGGAAGCAGAGAAGAACGGGGGUGAGGCCCAGGACAGCAGCUCGGCCAGCUCGCGGGCAUCCACGCCGCUCUCCUCCUCUAACUCCUCCUCCUCCUCCAGCAGCAGCAGCAGUAGCUCCUCCUCCUCCUCAUCAUCAUCAUCCUCCUCCUCAUCCUCCGCGUCCUCCACUUCAUCCUCCUCCAGCUCCAGCUCCUCCUCCUCCACCACGGAUGAGGACUCCUCAUGCAGCUCGGACGAGGAGGCAGCCGAGGCCCAGCCCAGCUCCUCGGUCCAGCCCGCCCUCCCUCCAAAGCCAGCCAAGCAGGCUGGGAAGUCCCGCGCCUCUUCCCACCCGCCAGGCCAGAAGCAGCCGCCACCACCUCAGCAGCAGCAGAAGCAGCAGCAAAAGCAGCAGCAGGGCGGCAACAAGAGCAGACCCAAGAAGCGCGAGGGGAUCCAUCUGCCCACCACCAAGGAGCUGGCCAAGCGCCAGCGCCUGCCCUCCGUGGAGAACAGGCCCAAGAUCGCGGCUUUCCUCCCUGCCCGCCAGCUCUGGAAGUGGUUCGGGAAGCCCACGCAGAGACGAGGAAUGAAGGGGAAGGCCAGGAAGCUGUUCUACAAGGCCAUCGUCCGCGGCAAGGAGAUCAUCCGUAUUGGAGACUGCGCGGUUUUCCUGUCGGCCGGCCGGCCCAACCUGCCCUACAUUGGCCGGAUCCAGAGCAUGUGGGAGUCGUGGGGUAACAACAUGGUCGUCCGGGUCAAAUGGUUUUACCACCCAGAGGAGACCAACCCUGGGAAGAAGCUCAACGAAGGCAAGCGCUGGGAUCAGAAAUCUGGCAGGAGCCUCUCCACGGCUUUGCAGGCAUCCAACCAGAGGAAGGACUUCAUGGAGCGAGCGCUGUACCAGUCCUCUCACGUGGAUGAGAACGACGUCCAGACCAUUUCUCACAAGUGUCUGGUGGUCGGACUGGACCAGUACGAGCAGAUGCUAAAGACUAAGAAGUACCAAGACAGCGAGGAUCUCUACUACCUAGCAGGGACGUAUGAGCCCACCACAGGCAUGAUCUUCAACACAGACGGGGUCCCGGUCAUCUGCUGACGGCCUAGGAAGAGAGGAGCGCCAGAGCCUGUGCCAUCCAACUAGGGAGUCCCGGUGCCCCUUGAGGAGAGGGGCUGGGUGACCCUGGUGAUGUGCCUGUUCAGACGACAUGAUUGUUUCCUUUAAUGCUCACAACUUGUGCGUCACGCUAUGGAUGGGGCUUCACAGGGAGGAGAGAGUGCGAGUGAGCGGCAUGAGCAGGGCGUGGGGGCAGCGAACGUAGGACUUUGGGAAGGUGCCUUCAGGACAGCAGGAGAGAUCAGAUGCUGCUGCUCUUCUGGGAGAACGGGGUGGCUUUAACUAAGGAAACCACUAGCUUCUUCCCUCCACCUCCACACCCUGGAGGGCUGACGGCGUCGUCAUCAUUUCACUGGCAGGAUGACAUCCCAAAAGGACGGCUUGGGGGCUUGCCUCCUUCAACGGGCCACCUUGCCUAGGAGGAGCUCUGCUAACAACCCCCCACCAUGACAUCUCCCUUCUUGCCGACUGCAUGCAGCCUUGGGUUGAGGAAGAGGUGGAAGAGAAGGGCGAAGGGGCUCUGAGCACCUCAGCUCAAAUGGGCAGGGGCACCUUUGAUUGGUUUCCCUUCUUUUAAGGCCACUGGCCGCUGGCUGUGGAGGGCGACGGGGAGCAGGCAGUCACGUAGGGAUGGAAGCAGGAGGCAGAGCUGCAGGCAGACAUCUCUCCAGGGGGAGGAGGAGCCGGGGGGAAGAGGAGACGAUUUCCAAAGCCGCAUCAUGGCGACCUUAGUGCACGCUGCACAGCUUGGCUGGAGUCAGUGAUCCACGGAGAGUCUUCAAGGCGGGGGUAGGGUGGGGAAUGGGAUGGGCUCCAGUCUGAGGGGUGGAGAACAGCAGUGGAGAUCUCCUUUUUGGAGAUGCAGGAGAGGGAGGUUGAGCAGAGCAGUGAAGUUGGAUGAGAGGGAUAGAGGUCACCGCCCAGUGCUACUGCCGGCCCGGACAGGGCUGCUUGGAUCUCCCACAGAACGGAGCACCCAAGUGUCGUCCCCCACCCCACCACCUACCAAGCAAGGAAGAUCUCGCUCUCCGGUUCCCUGUGCAGGAGAGAGCAGCACCUACCUCGCCCAGCAACCUUGAUGCAGGGGAUGCAGUCUCUGUCCCUCCAGGGCCGAACAACCAGGUCACCGGAGAGCUUCAGGGACUGGAGCAAAGAAUCGGCGCAGGUGGGGCCGCGCGGACGACCUCCUCGGAGGUCGCUGAGAUCAGAUGCAACGUCACCCUUUUCCAAGAACCCGGCUCUCUAUCUCGUUGGCCGUCCCCAGCUUUGCCACCUGCCUUCGAGGCUGCUUCGGGGGAAGCUGGUUUUGGAUUCUGGAGCACAGAGGGCCCUUGCUCCCAGAUGGAGCGGGACGACACUAUGGCGCUGCACCCUUGCACUUAACUGAGAACAAACACACGAGACGCACUGAUCUUGGCAACGAACCGGAUUCGUAUGCGCUACAUAGGUGUACGCACGCUAGUGGGACUGUUCCAGUCCAGGCUGGAGCAAGGCAGUGCUACUCAAGAGCUCCAGUGGGGAGGUACUUAUGAGGACAGAUUUUUCACUAUCUGCCAUGAGUACAAGAGACUUGCAACCUAGGGAAAGGGGAGAGAAUCAAACCAUAAAGUAACCCCUUCUACACAACAAGAACCACAACGGUGCUGGCUUCCAGCCACCUCUGCCCCAGACCACGGGCUCACCAAGACUUGGUGGAUAUUAAUGUUUCUAAACUGUACAGUUUUAAUGUACCAAAAGACUCUUUAGCCCGCCUGUAUUAUAAGUCUUUAAAUGGAUUCAACUUUUUAAUUAUAAAUAUAAAUAUAAAUAUAUAUAUAUAAAUAUAAACUUUUUAAAACUGUGAAAAAAAAUGAUGAAAUUAUAAAAAAGAAAGGAAAAAAAAGAAAGAAAGAAAAAAAAAAAAAAAGAAACCACCCCCCCGACACAGUCUGACGUUUAGAAUAUUAUUUUUUAUUUCCUGUUGGAUUGUGAUUGUAAAUGAACCGGGAACAGAUACACGCACCCACCCCCGUCCCCCUACACGCCAGUUGUACUGUACUUCGAGACGCAAACGGUGUGAGCAGAUUUUAAAGAGAGAGAGAGAGAUUGAGAGAGAUUUUAUGCUAAUGUUAAAUAGAAAGCACUUACUGCCCGAUGCCUUCUAUGGAACACAAGGAUAUUUCAGACAAUCGAAAGGAAAGGAGAGCCAGGUUUUUUUUGUCUCUUAUUUUUUGUUCGUUUGUUUCUGUUCUGUUUGUUUUUUGGUUUUUUUUUUGGCAUUUCUGUUUGUUGGAGAAUCCGUGUGAUCUUUUUUCAUAAAAAAAAAAUCAAUUGGAAAAAAAAC